AUGGCAGACAACGCGGUUUAUGAGAUCCACGAAGCAUCCAAAGCUGACUUUGAACUACCAUGGACGAGACUUAGCUGAUGUGCAGUUUAGACGACUAAUGCAGUCACUAAAGCAAUGGAUAAACUCUUACAUCAAUCAAGAUAUGCUGGUUGUGCGAGAUUUAUUUGAGCUCACUGUUGGAACCGCGCUGGCUACAUUGUUGGAAAAAAUUACUGGUCAAGAAGUUGUGGAAAAGGGAUCGCUUGUAGCAGUGACUUUAAAAAACUAUCAGCUUAUUAUGGGGCUUGUGGUUCAAUUUGUAGACCGACAUUUUGGCAUGUCACAAGUUGAAGGCAGAUGGACACUCAAAGGUGUUUUGGCUCAAGAUAUCUCAUCAUUACUUUGUUUCUUGGUGGAUUUGGCUACUUUGUUAAAGUGUCCCUUUCCGCUCCCGCCAAAUGUUUUGAUUGCAAUCAUUCAAAAACAGGUUAUUGAUGGAACAGAAAAAACGCGAACAACCGUGCAUAAACUGACCCAAGAUAUACCGACAGUGGAGGAUUCUGUAGUAGCAAGCGAUGCGACACCAGCAGUAGCAAUGGAUGCAUUUGAUGUAUUGGUAGAUUCACCUCAAAAAUUUAAAGAAUUGUCCGAGCUUUUACUUGGAUUUGUCAAUAUGCAUCUUGCAAUGGUGAAUAUCCAAGCCAACGAUCUAUCCAUGUUAGAUGAUGGUGUACAUGCUAUCAUAUUGAUUGGAAUUUUAGCUAAUCUUUUUGUUCCACUAAGCAAAUACCAUUUGAUUCCGUCUACUGAAGCGCACAAGGUGCAUAAUGUCAAGUUUGGACUAGAGCUUACAAAAGGGUUAGGAAUCGACACCAAUCGAAUUGAGCCACAAGACAUUAUUCAAGGAAAUACAACAACGAUUUGUAGAUGGAUAUUUGUUCUUUACGCAAAUGAGCAAAACUCUGGAUCAGUUGUCCAAUAGGCAUCUGCUUAAAUAGUGUCCGAGCUGCUUGCACCGCUCUUGAAGGGUUUAGGGAUUGCGUCUUCAAUGCGCAUAUUUAUAUUGUUGCCUGCAGGCUUGUGCGCAGAUUCAGAAUCCUCAGGUUGCAUCAUUUCUUCUUUGAGCUGGGCACGCAUCAUGGCAAACAUGGCAGGAAGACAGCAGCAGAAACAGCAUAAUAAAAUUGAAAGAAUAAUAAACACAGGGAUAAGAAUG